ACCUUUGCAAUGGAUACCCAAAGGCUGCAGAAAACAUACCUGCUCCAGCGGUCUCUACACCCUGACAACUUCAGCCAGAAMACUAUGGAAUGAAUAGAGGGCUGAGGUCUUGUCAGUUUCCAGAACUGGAGCUGAAGAUCAUGCACAUAGAGGAGGGGACGGAUAAUGGGGCCAAUCCUAUGUUUCUUAUGGAGUUGAUGGAUAACGAAGCACUGGAUGAGGCACAGAGCAAAGAAGAAACGGACAAGAUAGGUGCCUCUAUGAAAGAGAAAUUGAAAGACUUGACUGAACAAAUAGAUGCAUCGCUGCACAAAGGAGAGCUUCAAGCUGCCAAAGCACUUCUCGCACAAAUGAAAUACUUUGCGAGCAUUGAAGACAAGGUGAAGGAAAAACWUUCAGAGCUAAUGUAAACUUUGUUGACUUUGUUUUGAUACGUCUUGGGUCUUUUUAAAGCUGUUUUGAAUGUCUUCAAUACUAAUAAUAAUACAAUUAGUAUUUAUUUAUUAUGUACAGUAUUUAAAGUUUCAGGUAUAAUAAUAAAUGUCAAAUAUUAAUAGGUUA